CUCGGAGCUAACGGCUACCUGCAGCACUCGAGCAAAAGAACAGAUCCACCGACCUCGAGCUCGCUUUCCAGCUCCUCCUCCCCGCGCCCGCUGCCUUCGUUAAAGCGCUCCCCCGACGCCCAUGAGGCCUGCAGCAAGCCGGAUCUCCCGUCCAUGGCGAGGAAGCGGAGCCCGAUCGUGCGCAAGGCGUUGGGCCUCAUCGCCGCCGGCCUCAGCCCCGUGGCUAGGGCGAGGCGCCCCAUCGCCCGCAAGCUGCUCCUCCUCAGGAGGACGCAGCGGUCGAUCUACGGAUACGCCUACGUCGCCGACUACGAGUUCUCCCCGCCAAAGAAAAGGAGCCGCCGCUUCCUCUCCCUGCUAUGCGGCGGCGACGGCGAGGAGUCGGUCCUGGGCGACGGAGACGAACUCGAGGCGCUGGCGCCGGACGAAAAUGCUGGAGCUGACUUGGAGAUGUUGUUUGAAGAAGAAGAAGAAGAAGGGGAUGCAAGCGUGGAUCAGAGAGCAGAGCGAUUUAUAGAGAAGUUUUACGAGGAAAUCAGGAUUCAGAGACAGGAAUCGGAGAUGGGCGUUUAGUUGCUGUUUGUGAGAAUUGAUCAUUUGUGCUUCUUUUGUUUCUUCCGUUUGUGUUCUUGUUCUGUUCCUCCUCUGCAGACUGAUCUAUUUGCAUAUCUCUCUGCGGAGAGGUUUCUGCUGCAUUUGGAAUGGAUUAUUAUUAUUAUUAUUUUAUUUUUGAUUUGA